AUGAUCUCGCCUAAAAAUAAGGAUUUUUUGGACACAAAUGCAGACAACUCAAGUCAUUUUCAAGCACAAAUUCUGGACUCAAUUUUGAAUGAAGACAUUUCUGACACAGGGGAGGAUUUAACGACUGAAACUAUCUCUAAAGGAAAAUUGAAACACGAAAUGCGAAUGUUGCAAACACGCUUUCUGAAUGACUCAACAGCAUUACAAAAUACCAAAAAUCUUUCAAAAGCGAGGGAGGACGAGCUCCUGGAACAAAUUAAAACAUUGUCUAUCAGAUUAAAUUUGGCCACUGCUCGUUAUGAUACACUUUUAGAAGCUACAACUGAAUCUAGUGAAUUAAAAGCUGAUCUAGCUGAAACAAUAGCAUGUAAACGACGUUUAAUAAAUGAGAAUGAAGAAUUACAUGGUCAACUGAAAUCAAUACGUGAAAUUCUACUUACAAAAUUACCUGACAAGUUGGAAAACAUUGAUAUGAAUCAAAUAAAUAUCAGUAAUUAUUCAUUGUUAACUUCAAAAGAAUUUGAUGUAUUAAAUUAUAAAGCUGUGAAUAAUUUAUCAACUUUAGAAUUAGUGAAAGUAUGGCUACAUAGGUUUUUUAGUUUUCUCUCCCAAACUUUUAAUCGUAACAAUAUCAAUAAUAAAAAUUGUAACAUUGAAACUAAUCGUAAACAUGUACAAUUUGUUGAUACAACAUCGCUUAAUUCAUCAUUAUCAACUGUACAAUUGAUGAAAUGUGAUCAAACUGUAAAACAAUCAAAUCAAUCACAAUCUCAUAUUACAAAUGAUUAUAACUUUGAUAAAACUGAUUAUGAUCUUGUUGAGGAAAUCAGCUCUAAAGUUAGUAGAAACAUUAUUGAUGAUGACAAAUCUCGUGUUAAUAAUAAUGAAGAUUCUGUUGAAUUACAAGUUAUCCGAAAACAACUGCAUUUAAUGAAAAUAGAUAAAGAAUAUUUUUUGAAACAGCUAUCAAAUCUUCGUAUUCAACUAUCAACAGCUGAAGAAAAAAUUGCUUCGCAACAAAAAUUAAUUAUUGAAUUAGAAAAUAGUUCAGAUCAAAUGAAUAAAACUAAUUAUUUCUCUAAUCAAACUCAAUUACCAUUAGAUUUGAAUGCAACUAUUAAAAUCAAACUGUCUAUUGAUCAAGAAAUACAUAACAAAGAGAUUAACUUUCUUCGAGAACAAAAAGAAAACGCCAUAUCUGCAUAUGCAAAUUUAAAAUCACAAUUAAAAGAAACAGAAUGUUUGUUAAAUCAAUAUAAAGAAAAGAUUGACGAAAUGAAAAGUUCUAAUAAGUAUUUGAAUAAUGAAUAUGAUAAUCAAUUGCGUGAACAAAUUAAAACAGCAAUGAUCAAUUUAGAAGUUGAACAAGCUGCUAGAAAAGAUGCAUCUUUAGAAGUUGAAAAACUUAAUGCUCAAUUAGAUGUUAGUAAAAAACUAUACUAUGAAUUAGAAUCCCGAUUCAAUCAAGAGAAAACUGUUUGGAAAAUAAAAGAGGAAAGCUAUGAAAAGAGAUUGCAUUUAUGUGAAAUAACUGAGAAAGAAAUGAAUGAAAUAUUACUAGACAUACACUGUGAUAGUCCCAAAUUAACUAACAUCCCAGCAUUUUCUAAUGAUUUAUGCUCCAAGUCGAAGAUAAAUACUGUUAAUUUACUCAAAACUAUACAAAAAUUGAAACUGGAAGUUAGUAAUCUUCAAAGCGAACUUGUCAAAAAGUGUCAAGAAAUUGAAGAAUUAAACAAAAGUAUGAAUUGGAAGUCUAUAACUAAUCAGCCAACUAACUGUUUAUAUCAGACAAUAUCACAAAAAGAUAAUCAAAUUCAUUCAUUAUGCAGUCAGUUAGCAGAUAUUGAAAGGAAAUCAUUACUGUACAAAGAAGAAAGGGAUAAAUUAGCAUCCGAACGUAAUUUACUUUGUGAAGAUUUAGAACGUCUUUUAACAAGGAGACAGAGUUUAACUAAACUACGUGAAUUUAUUAUUUCUUUAUUACAACAAAUACAAUCUAAUUCAAAUGUUAAUUUGAACAAAUAUGUAAAUCACUUCAAUGGAAAUAGAAUUGAUAACUCAUUAUUAAAUAGAUUAAUUCUAUCAAACAAUAAUAAUAAUAAUAAUAAUAAUAGAAUUUCUAAUAUUCAUCAACAAGUUUAUGACAUUAUACGUUCUCCAUAA